AUGGCUAUCUCUCAACCCAUUUAUCCUCUGCGCACAGAUGUAUUCGAAGUGUCUGGCCUGAGUGCUGAUGGUCGGGAACAUCUAUGCGGCUACAUUGACCCUGCCGAAACAGCCCAUCUGGAUCGCUUCAUCCUCUUCUGUCAACCACUAGGCUCAAACAAGAUCUCUUCUGCUGCCUCGUCGUUAUCAGCCAGCCAGAGCUCUCCAAACCGACUGGUGGGAAUCCGUUUACGCUGGACCCGGCCCGACUCCGACUGGGAGUCUGGUCUUCAGACUGCAAAGAUGCAAAUAACCGGAGGCUUAGUACGACUUUCUGAUCGCUGGCCUCCGGUGUCUGAGUCCAGAAUGGGCAGCUUCAUGCGAUGGCGAAGGCCGGAACAAGAUUUUACAAGUGAACCGAAUGAGGCGACUACGCCCCCUUUGACGGUCAACUCAGGAGAAGCUGAGCACCUCGAGGAGGAUGUGAGAGAGGAGGCGGAGGAGGAGAGUGGAGAGACUAUAAUAGAGAAUUCAGUAAAAGUGAACUCUGCGCAGACGGAUAGGAAGUCGGAUAUUACCAGGCGGACUGAGAGGGGUGAGGGGAUCAGUGGAUCCCAGGCGGAGUAUGAGGCGUCAGGUAUUUCUCUCCAGAGGCUGAUAAUAUCGCGAUCUACUCAUUGA